AUGAGCAGUUCCGAGAUUGUGGAAUCUGGAAAUUUUUCUCUUCCGUGCCCUGAUGUCUACAUUAAGGUCUUCACUUUAACGAUACUGUACCCGACAAUGCUGGGAUCACUGCCUUAUUUGGGACCGGCAUUUGAUCUGUCAUUCGAGCGAAUCAAGACAGUGUAUCCCAAUCUACACUUCCAGCAGACCAUGAUUGCUGAUUCUACAUAUCGUGAUUGCACUGACUGGGGUGCAGACAGCGUAAAUCAUACUGCUCCACAUCUGUUUCGAGAAAUCUAUGACGUGCAUCGAAAUGCUUGCAUGGCUACGAUGCUAAUCUUUCCCGGUUGCGAUGACAUGGUUCAAAUACUACCGGUUCUUACGGAGCUUAACCUUUUGAUGAUCACUAGCGUAGCCACAUUGCCAAUCCUCCGCAACAAAAUCCUUACACCAACAUGGAUCGGGAUGACGGCAAACUCUUUUUACAUCUACAUCCGGCUCUUUGAUAACUUAUGCGCUCUGUUCAACUGGCACACACUGGGUUUCCUGGUUGACAAGAGCUUCGACACGGGCAUGGCUAUAUUUGGUGUACAGCUUUCCAAGAUUUUUUCACGUGUCGGAUUUCAGCCGUACCUGGAAUUGUACAACUCAAAGGAAGGUGUCGACCGUGUUGCAAUUCUCAACCGUCUCAAUGCUAAAGCCCGAAUAUACUUCUUUUUUGGUGAAUCCGGCGAAUUUCGACAAAUUCUGAAAACAGCAGCCGGGCUGAACAUGACGAUGGGGGAGCAUGUUUACGUAAUCGGAACACCAUUUAGGCUAAGUACCGCACCCGGCUAUUUGUCGUGGAAUAAAGGUGACGCUGACGACGCGAUAGUGCGACAAGCGUAUCGAUCUGUGUUGAUUGUGGAGGCAGACGAAUCGGUAUACGGGAAAACCAAAUCAUCCGGCACAUUUUCACAAGAAAUUAUCAACCGUUCUCGCCUGGAUUACAACUAUACCUACCGGCCCUUCCAGCCCAUCAGUCCACACCCUGCAGCGACGUACGCUUCCAUGAUGAUCAUUGCUCAGGUCAUGGAAGAACUCAGAAUAUCUGGAAACGUAGAAAUAUGGUCUUCCGGGAGAAAGCUUGCCAAGCGAUUGAUGAAUCGAACUUUCAGCACGGAUGUGGGCGACAUUUACAUUGACCCAGUUGGGGAAAGGAAUCCACAAGCCUGUGUCAACCAGCUAACAUGGAAUACAUCGGAAAUACGGACUUUGCUCGUGCAAACCGUCCCGGAUUUUGUAUUGCGAUGGAGCAACCAGACUGCAGUGGAAUGGCCUGGUCCAUGGCCACCACCAAACGAGCCACGUUGUGGUUUUCGUGGCGACAACCCUAAGUGCAGUACAGGCAUGGAACGUGUGAUCCGCAUUUAUUAG